AUGACAAGCAUGUUGGAGCUUUAUUUGGACAGGACUGUUGUAGAAGAAUUACCAUCAUCAAUCAAGCAUCUAACUGGCUUGACUUUAUUGAAUCUUCAAGACUGCAAAAACCUUUCAAGUUUCCCAAGUGUUAUUUGUAGUUUGAUAUCUCUUGAAAUUCUCAUUCUAUCAGGAUGUAAGGGUCAACCACCAAAAGCAAAUUAUUUUCUUGGCCUCAUUCCCACUUUAUCCUCAAUCGGUACCACCCUCACUCUUCCCUACACCUAUCUCAUUGAUCGACAAUCUCAACCAGAGCCCAUCAGUACCCUCACUCUUCCCUACACCUAUCUCAUUGAUCGACAAUCUCAACCAGAGCCCAUCAGCCUGUUGUUGCCUGAGUCAUUCUCAGGAUUAAGCUCUUUAGUAUCUCUAGAUCUCAGUGAUUGUAAUCUGUUGGACGGAGUUCUUCCUGAUGAUCUUAGCUACCUAUCCUCACUAACAUCUCUGAAUUUGAGGAAAAAUGAUUUUACCUGCUUACCUAAUAGCAUUUCUCAGCUUUUAAAUCUCAAACUUCUUUUCUUGGAUCAUUGUAGCAAGCUUCAAUCAUUGCCAUAUCUUCCAUUAAGUACACAAUUUGUUUCAGCACAAGGGUGUACUUCACUUGAAAAUUAUUCAAAUCAAGUUGUCGUUUGGACUUCGGAUGCAGCAAGAUUCACUUUUAUUAAUUGCCAUGGCUUGGCUGAUGAUGGAGGAAAAAUUGCUGAUGUUCCUUUGCUAAAUAUACAUUUCCAAUCAUUGUGGCAAAGAUACAUGGAGGACCAAAUUCAUCAACUUAAAGGCUUUUGCCUGGUUGUACCUCAAACUGAAAUUUCAGAGUGGUUCAAGAAUAAGGAGUGCGGGCCAUCUGUGCGAAUCCCAUUACCUCCUAAUCUGUUCAAUAAUAGAAGUUGGAAAGGGAUCGCUCUUUGUGUCAUUUUUGUAGUCCCUCCAAAUUCAAAAAAUGGUUCUCCUCGUCUGGAUUCAAAUUACUUUCAUGAAUUUAUUUGUCAAUUAGACAUGGAUGGCAGUUUUUUAAAUUGUCCCCUAGUCCUUAAGGUUCCUAAGGAAACAUUUGUUGGUUCAUUUGGACUUUGGAUAUACAUAUCACAUGCAAGGUUUACAGAACAUUUUAAUGAAGGGAGUUGCAUUAGCUCUUUGAUUAGACCCAAAAUGCUGGAUAUUCAGGUUAAAAUGUGUGGUGCACGUGUUCUAUAUGAGCAAGAUAUGGUAGAAUUUGUACAAAACUCAAGGCAAGAAAAUUUCAGGAGCUGUAAUGAUCUCAGUCGAGGUCAUGAAAGUUUGAUAGAAGAUCAUAUGAGCAAUUCACAAGGCCCUGACCCCAGGCUAAAACGAAAUCUCAAGUCAUUGCUUUCAAGAUUGUAUCAGGUAGAUUGGGCACAAAACCAUUUGUAUGAUUAUAUCUUUCAUCAGAUUGCCCGUCCACAACACUGGUUCACUUGUCAAAAACAUGGGCCCUACAUAGAAAUGCUGUUGCCUCCAGAUGUGCACUACAAUUCAACAUGGUUGGGGUUCACUGUAUAUGCUUUGUAUGGUAUUCAGAUGCAACAAGCUGGUUUCAGUUACAAGCUGGAUUCAACAAUUUUGCUUCAGUAUUCUGGUGUUUCAGUUUCUUUUGCACCAUACCCGGCCUUUUCACUCUCUGGAGACCUUUUUGAUGAGUCAUCGCAACGACUUGUUGUAUUUUAUAUACCACGCCGUGUUUUUCAGUUGAAUCGGUGUAAUCACAUUGGGGCUUUAUUUAAAAGCGGUGACCCAGGUGUGCAAGUUGAAAUGUGUGGAAUCCGUCUUGUAUAUGAGCAACAUGUUGAAGAGUUUGUGCAAACACUUGUGGAGUACAUGUUAGGGAGUCCGGAUGCCAAUCAUCAUUCUUUUUCCAAACAUGUUUCACAUCAACGUAGAAUAUUGCUAGGCUGCACUCAUGAAAAACAUUAUCUUUGCCCUUUCUUACCAGAAAGGUUAAAAUUUACUGGACAAGAGGCCUGA